UCCAGCCUGCACGAGCAUCGCCCUUUCUCCAAAACCUUCUUCACCACCAUGGUUCAGAUCGAGAAACAACAAGAGAAGCCGAAGAUGAGUCACCUGAGAGAUUACUACGAGCGAGCGCUGCGUGAGUUCGGCUCGUCCUCAGACGAUCUAUGGAUGGAUUACAUUAAAGAGGAGCUGGGUACCCAUGGCAACGCUGAGAAUUGUGGGAAACUCCACUGGAGGGCCAUGAAGAGCCUGACUGGAGAGAGUGUGGAGCGCUUCACAACACAAUACACACUGCUGCAGACUGGACACAUCUAAACACACACACACACACACACACAC